CAUCCUUAUUACCGUAGCCCAUGCGAACAGCCAAAGCACGGCCCAGCACAAAAUCAGGCCCAUACAUAUCGAACCUUGCCGAUCCUAAUUAGUAUACACUAGACCCUAGUGUAGGUACCAUAACCUACACCCCCUACAAAACGCAGCGUUUUGCGUUUUUCCCCUACCCCCACAAACUACAGUAACUACCCCCACUAACCACAGUAAAAAAAAAAACUAUCCAUAUCAAAUUAUUCUCUCUCUAAAAACCAUCUUCUUCAUUUUUGUAGAAUUUCUCUCUCAUCAACACCGUCGAAUCGGAACGAAAUUCUCUUCAAAUUAUUGCAAAAUUGCUUCAAAACACUUCAUAAUUACUUCAAAUGUCUGAUAUUCGAGAUGAAAUUAAACAAUCGCAGCAGCAUUUUGAUAAAGAAGUGAUUUUGCAAAAAAACGCUUUAGAGAAGAACAUGGAAGAUAAAACUGGAAAAUCAGAGCAAAAUGUUACCAAAGAUAUGAUUUUGGAGAAAAAUACUUCACAGACGAGUAAUUUGUUGAAAAUUUCUGAAGAAAUAGACGAUGAUGAUGAUGUACCUCUUCAGUCAAGAGUAGACAAAUUGAAAAAAAACCGCCAAAAUGAUCCAAUUGUAGAUCCGGAACUUUUAAAAGAUAUUGACAAGUCAAUUGGUACGGAUUUAACAAUGUCUCCACUACCAAGUGAACAAAGUGAGAACAUUCCUGCUACUAAUGCAACAACUAAGAGUGUGUCUGCUACACAUAACACAACUGACAAAGAGAGCAGGGAUGAAAGCAAGCAAGAAGAAGUUCAACCAAAAGUGCAAAGCAAUCCAGUAAAGAAUAGUCUUGGCCAAAAAAAGUACAAAGAAUCAACAAUCAGAAUUAUGAGAAAUCUCAAAAGAAUGGAAAAGGCAAGCAAGGAAAUCAGGAAAGGUAAAUGAUCAUAUUUAUUGAAUAUUUUUGUUUAAUAGUCAUAAAUAUCAAUUUUAACAAUACUAUUACUUUUGAAGGUGAAGCAAAAAAGAAAGAAAAAGGGCCAAUAGAAGAGAAAACUGUGGAAAAAGGUAAAAAUUUUAAAAUGUACAUUUUUA